AUGAAUCAAUUACGGCAGCCAAAGGAUCUAUCAUCGGGAAAGGAUUGGACUAGAUGGAAAAGUGUGUUCAACCUUUACAUGAUAGGAUCAGGUGCGAUUAAACUAAAAGAAGAAGAAAAAAUAGCAAUUCUCUUACAUUGUAUUGGUGACGAAGGAAGAACAGUAAGCGAAACUUUUGAAUUUACGGAAAAGGACAGGACAUAUGAUACCUUAAUUAAAAAAUUUGAUGAAUACUAUGUGCCAGCGCUAAAUGAAAGUGUAGAGACUUUCAAAUUCAACAGUCGAGUUCAAGGUGCAGACGAAACAUUUGAAAAAUUUGAAACAGAUCUGCGACAAUUAAGCAACAAUUGCAAUUUUGGUUUAUUACGUGAUAGGUUAAUCAGAGAUCGUAUUGUCGCAGGAGUAAAAUGUAAAAUUGUACAAGAUCGACUAUUAAGAACUCCAAAUUUAAUACUGAGUAAAGCAUGUGAAAUUGCUAAAUCAGCGGAGCAAACAAUGGAGCAAGCAGCAGCAAUCAACAACGGACAAGCAACAGAGGUUCAAGCAGUUUUUCAACACCAGAAAACGAACAAAAAAGAACAAAAGCAGAGCAUAUGUGGAAAGUGUGGAAAAAUACAUAACUUUAAAGAAUGUCCGGCAUAUGGAAAACAGUGUCACACAUGCAAAGGUAAUAAUCAUUUUAGCAACAUGUGUUUUAAAAAAAUAAAUAACGGUAAUCCAGCUUAUGUAAAAAACAGAUACGUGAGAAAUAAUAAAAAUAAUAGUAUAAAGAACAGUAAAAAAGUGUAUGAAAUGAAGGAAGAUGAAGUAUUAUUUUUAGGCAACAUAAAUGUAGAAUCGAUAUUAGAUAGAGGUUGGUUUAUAAACUGUAUGAUUGAAAAUCAAGAGAUACAUUUUAAAAUAGAUAGUGGUGCUCAGGUGAAUGUGUUACCAAAUCAUGUUUAUAUGAAGUUUGAUAAUAAACAAAUGAUAGAAAAAAUUAAAAUAAAUUUGAGCAAUUACAACGGAAGUUACAUAAAAGUGUUAGGAAAGAGUAAACUAAAAUGUCAUUUUGAGAAUGGUAUGGUUGAAUACAUAGAUUUUAUAGUAGUAGAUGAGCAAAGUCAACCAAUUAUUGGGUUUGAAACAAUGAUAAAAUUAAAUUUGGUUAAAAAACUAUAUGAAGUAAAUGCAAACAUAAUGGAUGAUCCAAAAUACAAAUCAAUAAGUGAGGGGAUAGGACUCAUGAAAGUAGAAGAGUAUGAUUUUAAAAUACAACCUGGAGCUGUAGGGAAUAUUACGUAUACAAGUAGAGUACCAUUUACGGUUAUAGAUGAAUUAAAAAGGGAGUUAGAAUCAAUGGUAAAUAAUGAUAUAAUUAUUAAAGAGGAAGAACCAACAGAAUGGGUGAAUCCAAUAGUAGUUGUUAAAAAUAAAAAUAAAAUGGGGAUAAGAAUUUGCUUAGACCCAUUUCACUUAAAUAAGGUACUAUUGAGAGAACAUUUUAAUUUACCAACAUUUGAAGAAAUUUCUUCUAAAUUUAGUGGAGCUAAGUUAUUUACAGUAUUAGAUGCUAGUAAAGGAUUUUGGCAACUUCCAUUAACACUGAAGAGUUCAAAAUUGACAACAUUUAUAACUCCAUUUGGUCGGUAUAGGUUUAAAAGACUUCCUUUUGGAAUUAAAAUAGCCCCAGAAGUAUUUCAUAAAACAUUUACUAAAUCUAAAGAAGAACAUGAUGAUAUUUUAAGAAAAGUAUUAGAUAAAGCAUUAAGUGUUGGGAUUAAAUUUAAUAGAGAAAAGAGUCAAAUUGCUGUUAAUGAGGUGAAAUUUUUAGGACAUAUAUUUUCAGUAAAGGGUAUUCAAAUUGAUAAAAGUAAAAUAAAAGCUAUUGAAAAUAUGGUAGAACCCAAAAAUAAAAAAGAUUUAGAAAGAUUCUUAGGUAUGAUGACUUAUGUACAAAAAUUUGUUCCUAACAUGUCUCAGCUAGCAGUACCCUUAAGAGAAUUAUUAAAAAAAGACUGUAAUUGGUAUUGGGGUGAAACGCAAAUAAAAGCAUUUAAUGUAUUAAAAUGUGCUUUAACUUCUGAGCCUUUAUUACAAUAUUUUGAUUUAAAUAAAAAAUGUACUCUAUCGGUGGAUGCAUCAAAAGAUGGAUUGGGAGCAGUAUUAUUACAAAAUGAUUAUCCUGUAGCAUAUGCUUCCAAAACUUUAAAUGAUACACAAAAACAGUAUGCACAAAUUGAAAAAGAAUUGUUAGCUAUUUUAUAUGGUUGUGAAAGGUUUAAACAAUACAUAUAUGGUAAAAAUAUAAAUAUAGAAUCAGAUCAUAAACCACUAGAAACAAUUUUUAAAAAACCACUAGAUAAAACCCCUGCGAGAUUACAGAGAAUGAGAAUUAAAUUAAUGGCGUAUGAUUUAAAUAUAAUAUACAAGCCAGGUAAAUUUUUAAAAAUAGCAGAUACACUGAGUCGUGCUCACAUAAAAGACAAUAUAGAUUUAUGCGAAUCAGAAAUAGAAUUACAGGUGAAUAUGAUUAUAAAAAAAUUAAACAUAUCUGAAAACAAAUUGAGGCAGUUCAAAGAAGAGUUUAAGAAGGAUACAGAAUUUCAAAUGUUAUUAGAAUUUGUUAAACAUGGAUGGCCUUCUAUAAAUAAUAUACCUGAUCAAAUAAAAAAAUAUUUGACGUUCUCAGAAGAACUAUUUGAAAAAGAUGGUUUAUUGUUUAAAGGACAGUGCCUAAUGGUGCCAAAAACUCUAAGAAAAGAGAUGUUAGAUAAAAUACAUUAUACACAUAUGAGCAUAGAAAAAUGCAAAAGUAAAGCGAGAGAAUGUUUAUUCUGGCCAGAAAUGACUAAAGAAAUAACAGAUAAAAUAAAUAAAUGUUCAAUAUGUCAGAGUUUUAGAAAAAAUAAUAGUAAGGAACCAAUGACAGUUAGAGAUUUUGGAGAUAACCCGUGGGAAAUAGUAGGUACUGACAUUUUUCAAUAUCAGAACAGGCAAUAUUUGUUAAUUAUUGAUUACUUUAGUAAAUAUGUGGAUAUAGAAAUACUUGAGGAUAUGAGCAGUGAAACAACAAUUAAUAAGUUAAAAUUGAUAUUUUCAAGAUAUGGAAUACCAUUAGUUUUAUUUUCUGAUAAUGGACCACAAUUUUCUAAUAGUAAUUUUAAAAAUUUUUCUAAGGAAUGGGAUUUUGAACACAAAACUUCAAGUCCUAGGUACCCACAAAGUAAUGGUAUGGCAGAAAGAAAUAUUCAAACAGUUAAAAACAUAUUUAAAAAAGUUGUAGCAGACAAAAAAGAUAUUUAUUUAGCGAUGUUAGAAUUGAAAAAUACACUCAUUCUAAAUGAAAAUUACACACCAAAUGAAAUAAUGUUCAAUAGGAAUGUGAGAGGGAUUGUUCCUAAGAUUUGGACAAGAAAAAUUAACUAUAACUCAGUUAAAAAGGCAAUAACUAGCAAACAAAAAAUUGAUAAAAAACAAUAUGAUAAAAAUGCUAAAAAACUAAUACCAAUAAAGGAAGGUUAUCAUGUUUUUGUUAAUAUGGAUAAUAGGAAACCAUACAUACAUGGAAAAGUGAUUUCGGUAUGUAAAAGACCAAAUUCAUUUGUCAUUAAACUAAGUAAUGGACAGACAGUUGAAAGAAACAGAAAACACCUAAUAUGGGAUCCUGGAUAUGAUUAUGGUGAUAGUAGUGAAAGUGAAAAGGAAUUAGUUAAAGAAAACCAAAACAAAAGUGAAAAGGAAUUAAUUAAAGGAAAUCAAAACAAAAGUAAAAAGGAAAUAGUUAAAGGAACACAAACUAAGAGUGGAAGGGUAAUAAAAAAACCUAAGCAUUUAGAGGAAUACAUAUAA